AUGUCGGCUCUUCAGUCAACCCUGACCGCUGCGAUCGGAGCCGCCGCCGUCGGUUUCUGCUACUUUCAGCAAAAAACGCACGAAGAAGAAAUCAACAGUCUCAACGCUACCGUCGCUUCUAUCCGAAAAAAGCAAGCUGAGCAAGACGAAAUCGCUCAGCGAAACGGCGUAAAUGCCCUUGAAGUCGAAGAAUCCAAGCGUAAUCAUUUGAACGAUGAGCUCGGCCGCUUGUCCAACACGAUUUUCGGCUCCCUCGAAGAGCAGAAGGAAGAGUCGCAGAAUAAGACGAUCCAGUUCAAUGAGCGAAUUCAUUCCUUGGAAGCAGCAUGUGAGCAGCUAAGAUACGCGAUCGAAGACCACAACGAAAAUAGCGAAAGAAUUCGCGAUCAAGUGAACGAGGGUCAGGAAACGAUCAAUCUCAUGAACCAAACUCUGAACGAAAACUCUCAUCGAAUCGACGAAGCUCAACUUCACUUCGACGAAGCGCAGGUUAAGAACGGCGAGCGUCUUCUCAAACUGGAAGAGGGCAUGGCUUCGCUUGUUUCAAAGCUUUCCGAGCUGAAGACGGAGCAUCAGAAUUUCCAGCACGAGCAGCUUGACAGAUUGCUCAAGAUUGACAACGCCCAGCGCUUGACCGAGACGCAGAUGCGCGACUACAUCGAUGACAAAGUCCAGGCGGCGCGGGAAGACUACAACGAGCAACUGCACAAGUUCGGAAUGCUCUACAAAAAUUCCAUCCAAGAGCUGAACGCGCGUGUUGAACUCCAGUCAAAGAGCAUCGAAUCCUUGGGGCAAUUUGAGAAUCUUGAGACGGUCUACUCCUCGACUACGCCUUCCAAUCGAGAUAUUUUGUAA